AUGAAGAACCGCUGGGAGGGCCCUCAAAAGAAAAACAAUGAAGUUUACAAUUACGACGGUGACAAGUUCGUACCGUACCUUCAACAAGACCCUACGUAUAUUAUAGAUAUAAGCCCAAGGGCGUUGGCUGUGGGUGGGAUGCAUGGCGUGGCUAUAUCUAAUCCUAAAUCGAAUGUUAUUUUACGAAAAGGUCAAGUUGCUUCUAUAAUACACAGCCCUAUAGCUACUGCCAUCGUCGGAGCAGGAGGUAUAGCCCACGCAGAUGCUGCAACUCAGUACAUACCUUUCUAUGGCGGCGCAAAAGGACAAUAUUUAGAAGUCAAAAAAGACACACAAGGGUCAAUCUUAAGCGAGAAAGUUGUAGCUGAAGAAAGCAUAAGUAGCGAGAAUAUACUCAAAAACAGUGAUGAAAGUCUUUUGUCUAAAGUAUUGGCAGCAAACCUACAAACCCUAAGGUCCCUAUCGAAUAACCUUCUAAAGUUACAAAAUAUAGGAAGAAAAACUGGAAGUUUGGGCAAUCAAGAAAAGACGACGUUUAAAAGCCAACUGUUUUCACUUGGAGAAGCUGCUUCGAAUACGAUAAAACUCAUAGAUGAAAUAGGAGAAGAUAUUGAUGUAUUGUUCAAAAGGAAUGCGACGCUUGUAAGAAAAUAUGACGAUAACUAUGAUGACGACGUUGGCGAAGAAGGCAUCAGUAUCGAUUCUCCGCCAAACUCCGAUGAAUCUUACUACGAUGGAAAACUCAUUGCUGACGCAAAACCUGUGGGGUUAGCAGUUGUCGGUGAUAGUGGACUAGCGGCUUCUCGGCCUAAGGCUACUGCAGUGGCAGCGUCCGGCAUCGCCAUCGCUCGGCCUAUAGCGACAGCUAUCGCUGGUAUCAAUCCUGCGCAUCUUGGCAUCGAUUAUAAUGUCAACCAAAAGGAAAAAAAUGUUAGAUAUAAGGGAAAAUCGGUU